UGAACUGUUCCUAGCCGAAAAAGAAUCACCAUCCUUAUUCUCACUGUCACCCAACCAACAUACGGCAAUUCAACACACCUCUCCACGGUCGUAUGCUUGCUUUGUAUAGCCCGUAUACUCUAAUAUCCCUCUAUAACGACGAUAAAUCCCAUAAUCUAUAGGUAUUAAACGAAUGCGAAUGCCGAGAUCACGAGCACGCAGUGAGAUUCGUCCCCGACUUUGCCGCAUGGGGGCGCCGUGAAUGAGGAAUGCCAUCUCAUCAACACUACUCAGGACCGGACGAACCACGUAACCCCAACCCCGUAACGCCCUCCUAUUCCCCUGGCCAUGAUCCGACUACAUUUCAACCAUUGAAUACCGAGAAACAGAGUAGUCCUCUCCGGACUAGUUUCUCCGAAGACAUUUUCGAUUCCAUGCGAAACUUGUCAGGAAACGCGGUAGGGCCGACGAAUCCUGAUGCACCCUGGCUGACUCUCGCAUCUUCGAGCGUAAAUCACGUUAAUUUGAAGGGUGGUGGGUUAGACGCGAUCGGUGUUGGGAUAUCCCCAUCCGUCGCUAGAGAUGUGCAAUCGGAAAAGCAUGAAUCACGGAGAGGAACGACAGGAGCUGGCACGGGUGCAAGGAGAAAAAGUAAAGAAGUUAGCAUUACAGGAGAUCCGCCGGAAAUCAUAGAUAACAAACUAUCUAUUAACGAGUAUCGGGCACAACUCGCUAAGGAAAUGGAACGUCGAGAACAAGCCGUUCGAACCUCUCCGUCGCCCACGCGAAAUGCGUCAGAGGAGACGCGCGUAUCGCCUAUAAAGGAGGAAUCUAGUACCACGCCGUCCCCGACGACGACUGACUCGGAUAUCCCGACCGCUUCAACCGAAUCUAACAGGACAGUCCGCGGUGGCAUGACCCCGGGUUUCUCGGCUCGGACACCGUCCUACCCCUUCCCUCGCAUGACCACUCCUAAUUUUUCCGCGACAUACUUGCAGCAUGUUCUUAACCAACAACCUCCGACCGGGGCCGUCAACCCGGCGGGCGCACAAUUUGGUGGGUUCGUGCUGCAAGAUCAAAUCAGAUCCGACCCGUCGACCCCCGCAUCGGCCAUGACGUUCUUACCUACCGGCGUGGCUACCAAACCGUCGAACCUCGAUUUCCCUACACCUAGUCUUUAUGAUUUAUCGUUAAUGCUAUCGGCCGAACCCGGCUUGGAGGCAUGGUGGAAUACGGUUGUCCAGAUCAUGACUGAUUAUUACAAAGCCGAGAGGGUAACUCUUUCUGUGCCAGCUGACCCGACAGACGUCGAAAAUGUGCCUUGGGGACAAAAAGCCACGUAUAACGCUCUAGAGGAAGAUGACAUGAGCAUGGUAUAUCUCGCAAAAGGGACCGCCGCCUGUAGCGAAGGUGAUCCACCCGAGCCUAGAUCGAGUUCUGAGGACCCUAAUAAGGGUAGCAAGCCCACACGGCCGGCAAUACAGAGCCGGCAUUCUUUUACCGCGUAUGAAGAUCAAAUAGGAAACCGGGAGGUAAAUGCAGAGGAGACGGCUUCCUCAAACGCUCAACGGCCUGGUCUGGUUCAAAGGAGUAAAAGCUAUUACCCAGGGACAGAUAAAUUAGACCCGACCUCACCCCACCCGACGUUAAAUAGGCAAACGCUUGAAGAGCAUGACGCUAUCGAAGAGCAACAGCCUGUCCCGACGUGGGAGGCUAAGAUGGAGCCAACGAAGGAUGGUAAAGGCCGUCUACUUCAGGUAUUGCAAGGUCUUGAUUUCGAGGCCGACCCGCUUAUCGACCAUGACGGCAUCACUCGCGUUGUCGAGCGAGGGAAGGUGAUCGCUUUAACUCGCACGUACCCUUAUCUCGAUCCAACUUCUGAGGAGAAACAGCAACAAUCUAAGAUCGCGAAACCUGUUCCCGCGGAAGAUCAUAGGAAACAAUUGUCAAGCAAAUUUAUUCGAUCCGAAUCCCAGACGAAGCUAUCCACGUUAUUGGCCAGUGCGGGCGCUCCACGAUCCCUGAGUCGAAACAGGAAAUCGCUGUCGGUAGAUAAAAAAAUCCCCAGUCUGUAUUCAACAUUCGACGACGUUCUGCCUCGACCUCCUACCCCGAAGUACGAAGAAUACGAGCAAGCACCCCCGUCCCCGUGGUCCCAAUCGCCGGCUCCUUCACCUGCCGUUCGAGCCGACCCCUCAGAAAAUCCCUUCUUCACAGAUGCUGUAGUCGAUGAAGAGUCGUUCAACCCUGGACCGAGUCCCCACGACUAUACAUCAACUCAACCUCCCGAGGCCAUCGGUGUUGAUAACUCCUGGACUGUCCUCCAUAUACCCCUCAACCAUGUCCUCUUAUCGAAACCACCUCAAAAAUUCAAGUUAGAUCCCUCUGCGUUGGAACAGAAGGCUUCUCAACGAAGCCACUCGGAACCAAUCGUAAAUCCUGCGAUGUUACAUGAGCGUCCAUCUACCGAAGAAUUAGCCAAGAAGAAUAAAAAUUUGCCUAUUGCGAUCUUGUCGAUCUUAACCCCCAUUAUACCAUAUCCCGCCAAUCUGCGCCACUCACUCGAACACCUCGCACCUCAUUUAGCAGCAACUUUUUCCCUUUGUCGACACUAUUCAAAUCUUGAGACAGAAGUCAUGGGUAUUCAUCGGAAAAGACCAUCUACGAGUGGCUUCGGUGCUAUUGGCCCUGAUGGACGACCAGUAACAGACCCUAUUAUGCUCACUCGUCUUAAUGCCCCCUCGCCUGGGGAUGUAUCCCAACGUUCGGUUACCGGAAGUCUUACCAGCCCCAGCGAGUAUUCAGGUCCGUCCCGAAGUAUUAAUGCCUCUCCCAGCGGAACGCCACUUUGGGAAUCUAAUUCAUUCGGGCUCGUUGUUGAAAGGCGAACUACCGGUGCUAGCCCCAACCAACCAGGGGGCGACAGCUACUUCAGUUCGGUCCCUAGAAGCGGAAACAUUCCUGCGGAGGUAAUAGCUCAACGAGCUUCCAGGACAGGUACCAAAGAAAGUGGGCUUACAAUGGCCAAGCAACUGAGGCGGUCGGGAAGUCUUCUACAUCAUCAACAAGAUCUUAAUUCAAUUAUGAAGGAUACCGAAGGCUCGGACAUCGCUCGUAAUAGCGGAGUCUUCGACGAAGCAACUCUUAACCAGAUAUCAAAACAAAGACCUGCAUCGAAGGACUCUUCAGAUAUAAACACUAGAGUGGAGAACCAGCAGUCCCAGCAAGACGUCGAUGAUAGUCGGAGACGUUUGUCCAACCAGAGCAUGCAGUCAGGCGGCCACAGGCAUACCUUAUUGCAUUCAUACGGCGGUGACUUCUCAUCAUCCUUCCAGUCAUUGCCCCCUAGCACCUCCCUCCUCACAAAACCUACAUCGCAGCCCCCAACGCCAAUCCGACCUGGGUCUGCAUCUGCACCACAAGUUACUAUGCUACCGCCUUCCGACCGCCUUAAGGGACUAAUGCUCGACUUAUUACCAGUACAUGUAUUUGUCGCGUUGCCGGUACACGGGGAAAUUGUUUGGGUUAAUAGUAGGUACUUAACUUAUAGGGGUCAAACUCUGGCAGAUUUAGUUGCGGACCCUUGGGGAAGUCUACAUCCUGAAGAUCGCGAAGAGUACAUGCGUGCUUGGGGCCACUCUCUUCGGUCUGGUGAUCAAUUUGCUCAAUCCGUUCGCCUUCGUCGCUUCGACGGUGCAUAUCGGUGGCAUCAGGCUCGCGCGGUAGCCUCGAGGGAUAAACGAGGUGUUAUAGUCCAAUUCAUCGGCUCGUACAUGGAUAUUCACGACCAGAAAGUUGCCGAAUUAAUGGCUCUUCGACAAGAAGAGAUCGAAAUAUCAGAAGCAAAGCACCGUCUACUUGCAAAUUUGAUUCCCCAGAUAAUAUUUACCGCGACCGAAAACGAUGGGAUAACAUUUGCAAAUGAGCAGUGGCUAUCCUACACCGGCCAGAGCGAUGAAGAUGCGUUAGGUCUGGGUUUUAUAGACUUCGUGCAUCCGGAUGACCUGGCGAAAUGUCGGCUGCCAGCAGAGCGCUCGGCAGCGACAACACAUUACAACGAGGAGACGAAAGUAGAUAUAUCCAUCGAUGAUUAUACAUCGACAGGGAUCAAAUCGCUACUUACAAGCGCUUAUGAAAAACAACCAGAAAUCUUAUCUCAAAACAUGAGCUCUGCUUCGGCACGUGAUUUUGUCACGGCGGACCUAGGCGAACUAUUCAGGCAGGGGAUUCUUAAAGUUGCGACUGAUAGCAAUGGCCGGCUUUCUUAUACUACCGAGGUGCGACUAAGAUCGAAAUCUGGCGAAUACCGGUGGCAUUUGAUAAGAUGUGUGGAGAUCGACGACGUUGUUUUCGGCAGCGGUGCAAGCUCCUACUUUGGCUCGGCGACCGAUAUCAACGAUCACAAGCUGUUAGAGGGGAAGCUCAAAGAAGCAAUGGAAUCCAAGGGCAGAUUCUUAAGCAAUAUGUCCCACGAGAUCCGCACACCACUAAUUGGCAUAUCCGGAAUGGUGAGCUUUUUACAGGAUACAAUACUGAACGAAGAGCAGAGAGAUUACACAAACACAAUCCAGACCAGCGCCAACAGCCUUCUCAUGAUUAUAAAUGAUAUUCUGGACCUAUCCAAGGUUGACGCCGGUAUGAUGAAACUCAAUUUUGAAUGGUUUCACACCCGAUCCCUUAUCGAGGAUGUUAACGAAUUGGUAUCAACCAUGGCAAUUGCUAAGCGGCUCGAACUCAACUACAUCGUGGAAGAAAACGUACCAUCUUGGGUUAAAGGGGAUAAAGUGCGAAUUCGGCAAGUACUUCUCAACGUCAUUGGCAACGCCAUCAAAUUUACUGCCGCUGGAGAGGUCUUCAGCCGGUGUAGGGUCUAUGCGUGCGAUGCUCUCGAGCUUGGUGAGCACCAGAUCAUGCUGGAAUUUUCGGUCAUCGAUACCGGACGAGGUUUCAGCAAAGAAGAGGCAGAACUCAUCUUUAAGCCCUUCAGUCAGAUCGACGGGAGCAGCACUCGCCAGCACGGUGGUAGUGGAUUGGGCCUCGUGAUCUCAAGACAGCUUGUGGAACUUCACGGAGGGAGAAUGGAUGGAACUGCUGUGCCUGGAAAAGGAUCGACGUUUACAUUCACUGCUAAAUUUGGUCUACCAAGUUCCGAGGACCAUCCGAGUGUCAUUAGUACUCCGCCGAUGACUGCGUCUAUGCGAUCUCCGAUGGAAGGCAAGCCGACACAUGCCAUUAAACCACUUUUGCUACACAGAACGAUGGAUUCCGUCUCAACUGCUAGUCCCAGCUCGGAUGUGGACGUUUCGUCACCAGCGCUAGAGUCGUCUGGUAGUUCAGACCCUUCACUCCGCUCCAUCCGUACUCAGGAUACCAUACGAUCCUCCGUCUCAUCUGUGAACGUCGGCCUGUCGCAUUUCAGCGAAGCCGCGAAGGCUAGCGGACAAGACAUUUCUCAGAUGAAACUUGAGAUGCCUUCUGGGAAGAUGUCGCCCCAGAUGAUGCCUACGCCGGAUGGGACUAAAUUCCCCACAGACUUAAUACAAUUCCGACCACCAAUGUAUUCAAUCCUCAUCAUUUGCCCUCAGACUUAUAGCAGGGAAGCCACGAAAAAACAUAUCGAGAUGACAUUGCCGAAAGAUGUUCCGCACCAGAUUACAGCUAUGGCAAGCGUGUCGGAAGCUAAAGCGGUAAUCGGAGGACACGAAUCUGUCACCUUCACCCAUAUCGUUCUAAACCUUCCUUCGGCUGAAGAGAUCGUGGGAGUCGUCGAUAUGAUAAUCGCAAGCUCUGGCGGCAAGACGUCAGUACUCGUCUUAACAGAUUCCGUGCAGAGACAAGCGGUCCUCAAGCUAGCGUCGGAUGCCGAACACCAACAACUUCUGGCAGAAAAACGAAUAAUGUUCAUUUACAAGCCAGUGAAGCCGUCUCGAUUUGCGGUGAUUUUCGAUCCGGGUAGAGAACGUGACCUCAGCGUUGACUUGAACCGUUCCAGCGCCGCACAGAUGGUCGAGAAUCAGAAACAGAGCUACCUAGACGUAGAAAAGCGAAUCGGAAACAAAGGAUACAAGGUUCUUCUCGUCGAGGACAAUCCGGUUAACCAGAAAGUGUUGGUCAGGUAUUUGAGGAAAGUGGGCAUCGAGGCAGAGAUCGCCGCAGAUGGCGUGGAGUGCACCGAGAAGGUGUUCGCACAGCCCCCUUACUAUUACUCUUUAAUACUGUGCGAUCUUCAUAUGCCUCGCAAGGAUGGUUAUCAAGCUUGCCGAGAAAUUCGACAAUGGGAGGAGCAGGCUAACCUACGCAAGUUGCCUAUCAUCGCCCUGUCGGCAAAUGUUAUGUCAGACGUCCAAGAGAAAUGCGCUGCCGCAGGUUUCAACGACUACGUUACGAAGCCGGUCGACUUUGUCGACCUCAGCACGGCGAUGUCUAAGUUCUUCUGAUCAGCCGGAUGAUACGGCGACCAGUUAGUAGCAAAUGGGUGCUUUUUAAGACAUGAUAAGUGCAUCUGUACGGCGUUCCCAGGAGAUAGAGCUUUUUAAAAAGGACAGCGUUGUAUACCACGAAUGCAUCGUCAGGCGGUCGAGGAUGGAGAUUAUUUUUUAAAAAAAAAUCAUUUGUAUUUUCUGUUCAGUUGGCGCAUGUACCACUAUGAUAGGUAGGGCAAGGCCAAGACGCCACCAGGGUUGACAAUCGGGUUUUUUACGGGACAGGCGAUGCUUUACUACUUACUAGGAGGAAUUUGUACAAAAAGCAGGCCGGCAACCAAUCGACGGCGGCUCAUAUAUCCCUCCGCUAGCAUUCAUGAUGACUUCACGGCUUACAAUGGGAUGUUCGAUAGAGAAAUUCGUUGAGGAAAAGCGAAACCAGGG